AUGCGGACGUAUCUCGAGGCAGGCGGAGAUCCGCACGUUGCCGACGAGACGGGCAUGACUGCCUUCCGAGCCGCAGUGCAGCGGGAUGAGCAAGGCGAGCGUGACUCGCGUCUGCUGCUCCUCAGUUUUGGUGUGGCAGUGGACGCGUCGCUCGAACGGUUCAUCGAGGCAGCAUCGCGUGGAGACACAGAAGCUGUGCUGAACGCCCUCCGAAAUGGUGUCGAUGUGCACGCGACCAACUCGUACUCGGUUUCUGCCCUCGCCAACGCGGCCAUGAUGGGCCAGACGGAGAUCGUGAAGCUGCUGCUGGAGCAUGGCGCAGGACAGCAGACAGCAGCGGCGCCGAUCGAGAACGUGAAGCCGCUACUGACGGCCGCGGGCGAGGCCGGACAUGCGUCGGUUCUUGCCCAACUCCUCGAGCACAAGGCGGACCCCAACGCCGUCAUCACCGGGAGCUACGCCGGCAGCUAUGGCUCCCGCGGCACAUGGGAGACCCCGCUCUGUGCAGCGGCAAUGGGCGGGCACCUCGAUGCAGUCAAGGUGCUGGUGGAGAACGGAGCGGAGGUGAACCGACCGGGUAAGAGCGGUGACACACCGUAUGCCCUCGCGAGACGACACAAGGAGGUUCGCGAGUGGCUGGUGAUCAACGGCGCCGUGGCCGAGGGGAGGAAGAACAAGCUCGACGUGGGCAAGUUUGCCAGCCUCGGUCUCCAGUUGGGCGCGGGUCCGAGCCAGCAUGUGGCCGAGUCGAGGGACAUAGGCAACCUCACGAGCGAGGUGAGAGGGGAGCAACCAACGACGUUCCUGCCGCGUCGGCACGGGCAGGAACGAGGAAGCUGCUGA